AUGGAACCCACCUGGAAUGAUGCCAUUGCCAAGCCUAAUUCCUCAUACCCUGUCAUGUCCUUUAGGGGGACACCACUUCUCAUGGAUGCUCUUGAUUUCUUCCCUGAGAAGAGUAAGGAGACUGAAGAUGAUGAUGAUAUUGAUCAUCAUCAAAGUGUCAAGUUUCAUGUAGAUACCAGUUUGGAUCUCCUUACAAAAAAUACUGGUGGCAACAGAUCAAUGGAAGAAAAUGAUGCAUUGGAAACUAUGGAUGAAAAGAGUAAGUUUGUAGCUUUGGUAGCUGAAUUGCACCAAAUGAAUGCUGAAAAUCAAAGAUUAAGAGAUUUGGUUGAUCAGAUGAACAAUAACUGCGAUGCCCUACGCAUGCAACUUAUCAAUCUAACUCAGAAGCAGCAUAACCAUGCGAACAAUGCAGAGAAAGAAGACAUGGUUCCAAGGUCAUUUUUAGACAUGGCUGUCGCUGAAAAGGAAGAGGCUUCCCAGCAAUCCUCGGAGGAAAAACUCAGAGAAGGCAAAAGCAUGGUUGAUUUGAUGCAUCAGCGUAAGAGUAAUGGCAAAGACAUUGAAGAUAAGUUGGAUCGUGGAAGGGAAAGUUCAAAAGCUAGAAUGGAAAGUGACCAAGAAAUUUCCAACAAAGAUCCUAGAAUGGAUCAAACUUCAGAAACUUUGUCAAUGAUUAAGAAAGCUCGUGUGUCAGUUCGAGCAAGAUCCGACUCUACAAUGAUUGCAGAUGGAUGCCAAUGGCGAAAGUAUGGGCAGAAGAUGGCAAAAGGGAAUCCUUGUCCAAGGGCCUAUUAUCGUUGCACAAUGAGUACUGGUUGUCCAGUGCGCAAGCAGGUACAAAGGUGUGCUGAAGAUAGAAGUGUGCUGAUAACAACAUAUGAAGGGCAGCAUAACCAUCCACUCCCUCCCACAGCCCAGGCAAUGGCCUCCACCACAUCUGCAGCAGCCUCAAUGCUUCUUUCUGGAUCAAUGCCAAGCUCAGAUGGCCUAAUCAAUCCAACCAUACUGGAAACUGCUUCACUUCCAUGCUCUCAAAACAUGGCAACUCUCUCUGCCUCAGCCCCAUUUCCCACCAUCACACUGGAUCUCACUCAAAAUGCAUCCAACUCCUCAAAGCUUCAAAGGGAACCACACAACCAAAUGGGCCUCCUAUCUCCCCUUUUGGCUCACAAUAAGUUUAUGUCAGUUCCAAAAAUAUUUGGACAGUCACUUUGUGAUCAAACUAAGAUUGCUGGUUUACAUGAGUCUCAGGGAAAGGACACAGCUCCAUCAUUUGCUAACUCAUUGAAUGCAGCUACUGCUGCUAUCACAGCAGACCCCAAUUUCACUGCAGCUCUUGUGGCAGCAAUAACAUCUGUCAUGGGGAAUUCACAUUCAAGUACAAGUGGCACCAAUAAUACCAGUGGAGAUGAGCAAUGCAAUAAUAAUGCAUAA